AUGGCCAACGCACUGAGGAAACAUCCUGUGACGCCAUGGGAAACCAAAUUCAACGCAGAAUUUGACAAGAUCUGCGCAGCGUUCUGGCACCGGAUUGCAACCCGUGCAGAGCAAAUGCAGCCAUCUACAACUCCUGCCCUACAGCUUCCUCUCCUCCGCCAACCAUACACCCAGGGGGUCAGCCCUGGGCCCGUGAUCCUCACAACAGUAUCCAUGGUAAUAAGGCACUGGUCCAUUUAAGGCUUCAGCCCGAAGACGCAUGGUACACAGACGACGCAAGUCCACGACCAGGAGGCAGCAACUAGCUACAGGAAAGGCUAAUAGUUUCUCUACCAGGAUGAGACAUAGCGAAGGAGCACAGUGGAUCCUCAACCAAGUAAGGGGCAGACGGGACCCCCCCCCACAGCCCGAUGGACUGAAACCCCAACGCCAUUGUACUAUCCUGCCCUGUGGCGUGGGCUGA